UUUGCAUCGGAACUAAUGAGAUUAUCAGUCUCUGUUUUUUCCUUCGUUGGAUUCUCUCAAGUGUCUGUUGAUCUUUUUUUCGCAAGUUUGAGUUGCUACAGUAUUACUGGUCAGUCGUUCUAUCUGCUGAAUCGCGACAGUAUGGAAGCCAGUCCGGAUGCGCUGCCGUUCUUGCCCGACGGAGAAAGUUUUCACGACAGUCUUUAUUGUGAGAAAUGUCAGUGUUUCCUGCGGGAGCCCUGUUGGCAGCAUGCAGUGUUCGUCCAGGACGGAUACAGUCUUCCGCUGGCAUUUGCUAGCUUACCGGAUGUCUUGGCUUUCCAUCAUGACAACCCACUGCAAAAUUUCGGCCAGUCUGCGGAGAACAGUACAAUUCCGUCGGUCGUGGCGCGAACGGCCAUCCUUGCGCAGACAGUGUUCGGGCCGUUUAUCGCGCCUGUAUGCGAUGCCGGUGCAGCGCAUUCGCGGACCUUCUCAUCUUCGGACGGACAGCGUGUGACAUUUGAUGUAGAGAACGAUCGUUGGUGCAACUGGAUGAAGUUGGUCAGGACGGUUGACCACGGCCAGCACAACCUCCGCGUCUUCAUCCGGGAACAGAAAGUCCUCUUCGUCGCCGUCAAGGUCAUCCUGCCCGGCGAAGAACUCACACUGGCGCUGCGUCAACGCGACCGCAAGGAAAUCCACCAAAACAACGUGGAUUAUGCGGAUUGCAAAAGCGGCAGCAGUGUUGUGGCCGAAGAUCCUUGCAUGGAUCAGGAAGAGGAUGAUGGGAGUGACGAUGCUGAUGUGGAAGCAAUGUCGGUGGACAUCCCGCAGAACUCUUUUGCUGCUGGUCUCUCAGGGGAGGAUAGUCAUCUACCGUUGGCGCUUGAUGAGCAGACAGAUCUCUUACCACAGUCUCAACCACUGCCAGCGCAAUUGGAAGAACAGCUACCUGCAUCGAACGCUGUUAAAUGCGAACAGUUACCCGCAUUACCAUUUUCUUCAGAAUUCUGUUCAGCUGCACCUGAUGCAGUAUCGACGAAGGCGACCGAUUCGUUAAAAAAACAGAACAGCGAAGACAAAAAGCCGGCACCGCUGCUUGUAAUGCGCAGUUUUCAACGUGAAGACUCACCUGAAUAUCCAUUUCCUUCCAACUUCUCAUCAGCGGCAACUGCACCCGUGACACCGAAAGCAGUCGAUCCGGGAAAAUGCGAAAACGAAAAGAAAGAUUCAGUCGGUAUUGCAUCGAGGCAGACAGCCUUCGCGCGUGUUUAUUCCCUUCGUGGACGCAAUGUCGUACGCGUCAGUGCAGCCUGUAGUGAUGAGGAAAGAGACGACAACGACGAGGACUUCCGCCUGAAUGCGGACGACGAGUCGCCAUCUGCUGGUUCCGAGUUUUCCAGCGAAGUGGAAGUGGAUUUUGACGGCAGUGAUAACAGGACAAAAAAUCGAGGCCGAAAACGUCGUACGGUGGAGGCUAGAGCCAAAAUGCCCGCGAAGAAAACGAAAAGCGCGAUGCGAAAGGAUCCUGCGGACGCGAUAUUAGCUACUAAAAAGCCGAAUGAACUAGCGUCAGUUCCCGUAAAAAGCAGUGAUCGCUCGAAGGGGCAUGCGGAGAAGAUGCGGCGAUUAAAUGUGGUUGCCAGGAUUAAUCCCUUCCAGUUCUCCUCGCGAAAGGAACGUCGCGCCGCUUGGACCACAGCGUGGCAGGCGUACCAGGACGCGCACUUUGGUCAUCGGCAGCGGAAAUCGCAGAAAGCCUCGUUUACAUGGAAAUAUUUACGGAGAUAUGUGAAAAUGCAUUUGGAUGAUUUUCCCCAGGCGCUGGAUCGCUACAGCGAGGAUACCGCCAGUCGGAGCAGGCGACAGUAUAUUGACACAAUGCGAGUGAUUGCGGAGCAGGCUGGAAAGGAUUAUGCCGGUGUCGCACAUCUGGAAAGUGUCGAGCCGGUUCGGAAGGGGCAGUUAGACGUUGCCAACGAUGCUCUAAAUUCGCAUUCCAAACAGCAAGCAGCAGCAGAGAAAUGUAAACCGGAUAGGAGUUUCUGAGUUUCGUUUACCGAUUCGUGUGCCAGGAGUGUUCGUUGCAUUUCAAGGAAGAAAACUUGCUGAAACUCCAUAAUUUGCAACACGCGGAUGCACCCGUCGAAGCCACGCUUUCACUGGACUGUCCAGCCUGUCAGCGAUCAUUUCAGAGACUGUCCAGUUUGCUCUUACAUAUCACGCACCACGGUGUCAGCGCCACGAAAAUAACCCAUUUUAUCGCGACGGCUGACCCG